CUUUCAAAUCUCGCAACGCAAUCUUCCGCCGCCCGAUUCGGAAGCGCCUCCGCCCCGCCUGCCGGCCGGCGAUUCGAAAUCACGUGCGUUGCACGUGCGCUGAGGUGGCAGCCACUUCCGACGACACGUUUGGGAGUCCACUAAACUACAAAAGACAGCCCUUUCAAGCUUUUUGUUGUCGCCUUUUAUCGUCUCUUCUCUCUCAUUCCUCUCUCACUCCUCCUUUGCCAUAGAAAAUUGAUUAAUCGACCUUACAAUAACCUAUUGUUCCUUUCCUUCUCCCAGAUCGGAGUUGUUUUGUAAUUUUUUUGCCGAUUUUGUGGUCUCUCGGAAGGGGCAUUGGAAAUCGAACGAUCGUCUUCUCCGGGUUAAUUGAUAGAACAGAGAUGGCUAAGGCAGGAACAUUGGAUCUGGCGUCUGGCGUCGGGGGUAAGAUCGAGAAGCAACAAGUUCUCUCCGCCGUCGACAAGUAUGAGAAGUAUCAUGGUUUCUAUGGAGGUCAUGAGGAAGACAGAAAAGUUAACUACACUGAUAUGGUAAACAAGUACUAUGAUCUUGUCACAAGCUUCUACGAAUAUGGAUGGGGAGAAUCGUUCCAUUUUGCGCCGAGGUGGAAAGGGGAGUCUCUCCAAGAGAGUAUUAAGCGGCACGAACACUUCCUCGCCUUGCAGCUCGGGCUGAAACCGGGACAGAAGGUCUUGGACGUCGGAUGUGGUAUUGGCGGGCCGUUAAGAGAAAUUGCUCGGUUUAGCCGCACAUCGGUGACGGGCCUCAACAACAAUGAAUACCAGAUAUCGAGGGGGAAGGUGCUAAAUCGUCACGCUGGAGUGGACCGAACUUGCGAUUUCGUUAAAGCCGAUUUCAUGAAGAUGCCGUUCCCGGACAAUACAUUCGAUGCUGUAUAUGCAAUCGAAGCCACCUGCCACGCUCCCGAUGCGGUCGGCUGCUAUAAGGAGAUUUACCGAGUGCUGAAACCCGGCCAAUGCUUCGCUGUAUACGAGUGGUGCAUGACGGACGCCUACGACCCUAACAACGAAGAACACAAACGGAUCAAAGCUGAAAUCGAGCUCGGCAAUGGCCUCCCCGACAUUCGACUGACUCGCCAGUGCCUAGACGCCGUUAAGAAAGCUGGCUUCGAAGUUGUUUGGGAGAAGGAUCUUGCCGUGGACUCUACCGUCCCGUGGUACGCGCCGAUGGAUACGAGCCAAUUCUCUCUCAGCAGCUUCCGCCUUACAGCAGUCGGUCGAUUCUUCACCCGAAACAUGGUUAUUGCAUUAGAGAAACUCGGUAUUGCUCCGAAGGGAAGCCAAAGGGUUCAAUCGUUCUUGGAGAAAGCUGCCGAAGGACUCGUCGCUGGUGGAAAGAAAGAGAUUUUCACGUCGAUGUACUUCUUCCUUGCGCGGAAGCCUCGAACGGAGGAGAACUCGUAGUCGGCGUGCAUCUAUCGAAUGUGUUAUUACCCAAAUUCCUCGGCUAUUAUGCGUGAUUAUUAUGAUCGUGUGCCGGGCCGUCGUUCUUUCGGUUUUUGUUUGAGUUUGAAUCGAAUGUUUUAUGGUGUAUUGGUAAUGAAACUGGACAUCAUUAUCAUCCUAUCAUCGAAACAUUUCUUUUCUGGUGUUUUUAAGGUUCCAUUGACGAGA